GAGAGGAGUCGGUUCUCUCCGAUCCCGCUGUCGAGUCCCUUGCGGAGCCUUCCUACGGGGGGAGCAGGACCGGGGAGGCAGGAUGUGCUAGGGGCGGAGAGAUCUGUGCGGGGCAAAGGGAAGGGUAAAGCGGCUGUGUGUGUGUGUGUAUGAGGCUGGAGGAGACUGUGUGGGGUGAGGGGAUUGCGCUCCGUAGGGGGACCCCGCCCCCCCGGAAAGCCAUCCUGCGGCAGAGCUCAGAUGCCUGUACUGCUGUGAACUGGAAGAGCAUUAGGUAUGGAGAACCUGAUGGCUGGCUCAUCCCUACCCCCACUGUUUGCAGAUGAUGAUGGCUCAAAGGAAAGCAGUGAUAUGCCCACAACUGGGGUAGCCCACUCUGAGGGGUCAUACAGUGGAGGAGCUUCGCAGUCUGUGAACAAUCCAGAGUUUGUGGAGGACUUGUCACAAGUUCAGUUGCUGCAAAAUGAGUCUUCUAAUACAGCUGAAAGCAGCGAGCAGAGACUUGAAGAAGAGCAAAGAACUAAACGAGGAGGCUGGUCCAAAGGGAGAAAGAGGAAGAAACCCCUUAGGGACAGCAAUGCUCCGAAAUCCCCCCUCACAGGGUAUGUGCGAUUCAUGAAUGAGCGUAGGGAGCAGCUUCGAGCGAAGAUGCCUGAAGUCCCUUUCCCAGAGAUCACCAGGAUGCUGGGCAAUGAGUGGAGUAAGCUGCCUCCUGAGGAGAAACGGCGCUACCUUGAUGAAGCAGAUAGAGAUAAGGAACGGUACAUGCGGGAACUGGAGCAGUACCAGAAGACAGAGGCCUACAAAGUCUUUAGCAGGAAAGCACAGGACAGGCAGAAAGGCAAAUCACACCGGCAAGAUGGAACACGACAGACUGCCCACGACCAUGAGAAAGAAGCAGACACGAAGGAGAGGUCUGUUUUUGAUAUCCCAAUCUUCACAGAAGAGUUCCUGAAUCACAGCAAAGCACGGGAAGCAGAGCUGCGCCAGCUGCGUAAAUCCAACAUGGAGUUUGAGGAGAGGAACGCUGCCCUGCAGAAGCACGUGGAGAGUAUGCGCACUGCUGUGGAGAAGUUGGAGGUGGAUGUGAUCCAGGAGCGCAGCCGGAACACAGUGCUGCAGCAGCAUCUAGAGACCUUACGGCAAGCACUCACCAGCAGCUUUGCCGGAGUCCCACUACCAGGCAGUGGGGAGACCCCCACAAUGGACACCAUUGACUCGUACAUGAACAGACUGCACAGUAUUAUUCUGGCUAACCCACAAGAGAAUGAGAAUCUCAUAGCCACAGUCCGAGAGGUUGUAAACCGGCUUGAUCGCUAGUGACUUGGGUCUCCUGGCCCAGGGGUGUCUUACAAAAGUGAUUCAGCCAGUGAGGAAUGAAAAGCCAUGGUGGAAACAGACUGGAGGUGGGAGGCAGGACUUCAGGAUCUGUCCUGGUCCCUGCCUAAGCAGCUUGCCAAUGGGGCAAACUGUUUAAUGAAUUAAAAGCUCCUAUGAAGCCACAGGCACCAGCUACUAAACAUUUGAACUAUCCUCCAUGUAAAGCUUUCAGAGCAUGUGACUACCGUACAAUCAUCAGUUUUCCAUCAUUUCAGCUGGGUGGGGGAAUACCCACACACUCUGUGGACUGGACAACAAUGGCGGUGAAUCUGCUUCCAGUCAGUGUAGUGGAGGCAGCCUUCGUGUUGUGGUAAUAGAGCUUUGAAAUGUUAUGUUGCUUUGUAUCUCUUCAUCCUUUCUGUGGGGUUUCCUUCUCCCUUUGCAGUUCUCCUUUUGUCCUUUUCUUGUUAGUUGAUGUUUGCUGCACUGUAUAGCAACACCUGUAUUCUUUGCUAUGAUAGACACAGCCUUCCUUACUACCCCGCCUGUCGUGUCUUCAGUGCAAGCUUCUCUUUUUUGUGCUAGGCUGCAUCUCAUACAACGAGGUUCCUUCCUGCUGGUAUUGGCUGUGGCUGGCACUUCAUGACUGAGCGGCCCCGAAGGAAGGGCUCUCUCUUUCCCCGCUCCCAGCUACUCUUUCCAAGCAUCUCUGCUGCACAUAUAUGGUGUCCUGCUUCUCAGCAAGAUUCCACUGUUCCUAUCUAUUGAAAAUGUCUGGUGCAGCAUUUUACUGCUGAAAAGGUCAGCGGUAAUCAAGAGAGAAAGAGAAAGGCUGGCUUCUCUCAGCCAGCAGGAAAAGUACAAAACUUUAUUUUAGACUAAAAUAAAACACGUCGCUUUUCUGUCUCCUGA